AUGCAGUCAGCACUACAUAGCGUUAUCGGUCCAAAGAAGGAACUCCACGAUCUCUCUGGACGGACCGCGGUGGUCACAGGGGGCGCGAAUGGAAUCGGAUUUCAGAUCUCACGGCAAUUCGCCCAGGCGAAAGCCAAGGUCAUCAUGGUAAACCGGAAAGAAGAGCAAGGAGACGAAGCAAUCAAGCAGAUCAAGGAGGAAACCCCCGGUGCUGAUGUGGAUUGGGUGGGAUGCGAUCUGGGCAACCUGAAAGAGGUGAAGCAGGUCUUCACUGACCUUCGCAACAAGCUCGAUCGGGUGGACUUGCUGAUCUUGUCUGCUGGCAUUAACACAAACACCUAUGGUCUCGACGCCGAUGGUAUCGACCGCCAUUUCGGCGUCAACUUCCUAGGCCAAUUCUACGCUGUGAAUUUGCUUUACCCUCUCAUUCGCAAGGCAUCCAAAGUCUCAGACGUCCCACCACGAAUCGUCUUCGAAGCCUCUGAAGUCCACCGUAUGUCUCCUCCGGACAUCCAUUUCGGCUCACUUGAAGAGAUCAAUGACGAGAACUUCGGCCCAACGCAUCUCUACGCACGUACGAAGCUGGCCAUGAUCUUGUGUGCGAAGUUCCUUCUUCCCGAGAAGGUCAUCAAGCCCAACGGCGACAAAGUGUACUCCUUGAGUGUGCACCCAGGGACUGUCAACACGAAUAUGCAGCAGCAGUGGAAGGAUGCUUACCCCGGCAUCUUUGGGAGCUUUUUGAGCUGGGCCAUGACGACUGUUGGGAGAGAUAUUGAGCAGGGCUCGUACAGCGCACUGUGGGCCGCCACCGCGCCAGAGAUUGAGGAGAAGAACCUUCAGGGUUAUUACUUUGUGGAUCCAGGACAACCCGGCAAAGAAUCAUCUCAAGCUUCAGACCCCAAGUUAGCCGACGCUCUCUGGGAGUUGAGUACUAAAUUGAUCAAAGAAAAAGUCGGCGAUGAUGCGCUUGUGCCCUGGGACUAA